AUGGUCAACGACAUGCUGCAAUCGGCAGCGGAGCUAGCACUCCCAGCACCUGGGCCAUCCUUGUCUUUUCACGUCUUUCCCCACCUCCCUGUCGAGCUCCAACAAAAGAUCUGGCGCUACUCUCUUGCGCCCCGGAUCGUCGAGGUCCACGCCCGCAGAUCGCAUUACGCCGAUGACUUCCAACAUGGAGGUGUGCCAAAAUGGCAAAGCGGUUGUAACAAUCCUGCCGCGCUGUCUGUUAAUUCCGGGGCGAGGUCCGCCGCAUUGGAUUGUUAUCCCAUCAAAUUGCCCCUUGCGACUAUUGCGCCAUGUGAGCAUGCUGGCGAUAGUAUUAACGACUUGAAUCGUGUGUUGUAUAUCAAUCCUGAGGUCGACACCGUCGUUGUACUUGGCGAUCUGGACUAUCGCAGAAUGUCGCACCUGCUAACGGACUUGGGUCUUCGUGAUCCGAAGGGGAAAGGUCUGCGGAGAUUGGCUGUCAGCGCCAGCUGGACAUAUCAUCAAGGAGCUGGCGACACAAUCAGAAUGCUCGUUCAACACAUGUUUCCUAAACUGAUUGAGAUGACCGUGUUUAUGUAUGCUGAAAGAUUACCCCCUGCCGAUUGGGCUGGUGGAGUGUGCUCGCUGGAAGAUUGUAGUGGGACGGACUACUAUAAGCGGUAUGCAAUGGGAAGAGGCCAACAGAUGAAGGAUGGUGAUAAAUGGAUGGUAAUUGGGAAGAAAGAGUUAAGAGUGAUGGAGCUCACUUUCAGGCAUGGUUGGUAG